AUGGCCGACAGCAAGCAAAGUGAAGAGAAAUUAUCGAAGAAUGAGCUUAAGCGCCGGCUUAAGGCGGAAACGAAGGAAAAGGAAAAGCAGGAGAAAUGCUUGCUAGCAAAGAACGCACAAGCCGCCGAGAAGUCCAAUGCAUCCAACCAGAAGAAGGUACUGGUUAAGGAAAAUUUGGAAGAGAUUUCCCCGAAUGAGUACUUUAAGCUAAGGAGCGCGGCAGUGGCUGAACUGAAGAAGAAUCCAGAGACGCACCCGUACCCACACAAGUUCAGCGUCACGAUCUCGCUGGAAAAAUUUAUCGAACAGUACAGUGCCCUCCAAGACGGUGAAACGUUGGACAAUGUAACUGUGAGUGUCGCCGGCCGUGUGCACGCGAUCCGUGAGUCGGGCGUGAAAUUGAUCUUUUACGAUCUACGCGGCGAAGGCUUAAAGUUGCAGGUGAUGGCGAACGCAAACAUGUACGAAAGCGAGGAACUGUUCUACGAAGAGACUGCACGAUUGCGCCGCGGUGACGUCAUCGGUGUGACCGGUGUGCCGGGCAAGACCAAAAAGGGUGAGUUGUCCGCGAUGGCCAAGAGAAUAAAAUUGCUCUCACCGUGUCUGCACAUGCUGCCCCAUCUGCACUACGGUCUGAAGGAUAAGGAGACAAGGUUCAGGCACCGGUAUUUAGAUCUGAUAAUGAACAACAACGUGAGAAACAUUUUCGUGACGCGUUCGCUCAUUAUCAGCUACGUGCGGAGGUUCUUCGACCAACUCGGUUUCCUGGAAGUGGAAACACCGAUGAUGAAUAUGAUUGCGGGCGGUGCGACGGCUAAACCGUUUGUCACGCACCACAACGACCUGAACAUGGAUCUGUUUCUGCGCAUCGCACCGGAGCUGUAUCUGAAGAUGUUGACCGUCGGUGGGUUCGACAGGGUGUACGAAAUUGGGCGCCAGUUCCGCAACGAGGGUAUCGAUCUGACGCACAAUCCGGAGUUUACAACCUGCGAGUUUUAUAUGGCAUAUGCGGAUUACAACGACAUUAUCGAAAUCACGCAGUCGCUGCUAUCGGGGAUGGUGAAGGCGAUUCACGGAUCGUUCAAGAUCAAGUACCAUCCGGAUGGUCCGGAGGGGCAGGAAUACGAGAUCGAUUUCACGCCGCCGUUCAAGCGCAUCUCGAUGAUCAGCUCGCUGGAGGAGAUACUGAAGGUGCAGUUCCCGGCAGCGGACGAGCUGCACACACCGGAGGCGGCCCGGUUUCUCGAUGCGCUCUGUGUAAAGCACGAUGUUGAGUGUAAGCCACCGCGCACGGCUGCCCGUUUGCUGGACAAACUGGUGGGUGAGUUUUUGGAGGAGAUGUGCAUCAAUCCGACGUUCAUCUGUGACCAUCCGCAAAUUAUGAGUCCGCUCGCGAAGUAUCAUCGUCAAAUUCCCGGGAUAACCGAACGCUUCGAGCUGUUCGUGAUGCGCAAGGAGAUCUGCAACGCGUACACCGAGUUGAACGAUCCAGCCGUGCAGCGGGAACGGUUCGAACAGCAAGCGGCAGACAAAGCAGCCGGUGACGAUGAGGCACAGAUGGUGGAUGAAAAUUUCUGCACAGCGCUCGAGUACGGAUUACCUCCGACCGGUGGCUGGGGUAUGGGUAUCGAUCGGUUGACGAUGUUCCUGACCGAUUCGAACAACAUCAAGGAGGUGCUUCUAUUUCCGGCCAUGAAGCCGGACGAUCCAAACCGAACCAAACCGAGCAUUGCUGGAUCGGCGGGAAAUGGAGGUGAGUCGUCGGAAGUGUAG